AUGCGUGGCAUCCUCAUCCUUGUCGCCCUGGGGGCUGCGACUAUCCCUCAAGCAAGUGCCGCUCCCAAUGAUAGACAACAGAGCAUGAUUGAUCUACCCUUGAAGCUGUACCAGAAUGGUUUCAAUACAGACCUAGUCACUAUCGGAACACCAGCUCAGGCCACCAGGCUUUUCGUCGAUUGGACUUGGAUAGGCGCAUACACCGUCUCUACUAAAUGCAACCAUACCAAUAAUGCUUAUGGAUGCCUUGCUCCCGGACAGAAGCUGUUCAAUGAGACACAAUCUACUUCCCUCGUCAACCAGACCAACCUAUAUCCAACCCGUACAUGGAACCCCAACCAUUUCUUCAUGGACAAGGAUCUUACCGCAGUAUUUGCUUCCGACAUUUAUCGCGUUGGUGACCGAGAAUCUCGACUUACGCUCCAGCUCUCCCAGUUGAACUGGAAGGCUUCGUUUCCCUACCCAUUCAGCGGCAUUUUUGGGAUGUCUCCUGUCUUUAAGUCAGACAACAUGUCCAUCCAAGCUCCAUUCCACCAGAUGGUCCAACAGAAAAAGUUCCAUUCUGGCCUUACGUCGUUCAUUUAUUGCUAUAGCGAUGAGCCAGGUUAUAAGUCACCGUCGAAAGAACGGUGCAACGGAAACGACGGCAUUCAAACUCUUGGUGGAUACCAUCACAGGGAUAUCGGAUGGCGUGGAAUCGAGUGGAUCAACACUAUCGUCUUCCCCAUUGUGAAUGACAUCGACUUCAUCUAUAACCCGGCUUUCUAUAACUAUUGGUCUAUCCCGGUUACAAAACACUUUAUCGGUAAUGAAGAGCAGGCUCUCAAUACCACCACAGGCUCUGCAGUAGUCUUCGACCAUGCCAGUUAUGGACGCGGUGCCGCCAUGUCUGUUGCCAGUUACAGGCGACUUGUUUCCAUUACCAAUGCCCAGCCCGUCAACCUUACGAUGGCCACCCUUCCUAACAAUGGAAAGCAAAAGUUUUACUCUGUUGACUGUGACCGGGUUGAUUCUUUCCCUGCUGUGAAGUACCAGUUCGGCAAAUGGCGCCGAGUCUGGAGCAUCGAGGCCAGACACUACAUCUCCAAAGCUAAGACCAUGGAUGGCAAGGAUGUCUGUGUCCUUAACGUUCGUGUUAUUGGCCAAGGGGAGAACUUCGUUAUCGGAAAUCUUGGUGAGAAUUUUGCUAAGGACAAGGUUAUCCUCUUCGACUUCGAAAAGAACAGAGUUGGCCUCGCCGAUUUUCGUGAUUAA